GGCGAGGCAGGAGGGUGUGUGCGCAUGAACCACCCUCUUCCACUUCUGCUUGUGACUACUUCUGUGUGAGUUCCCUUCUCUCACACAGAAUAUAAAAAAGUUGGACAAAGUCUGUUUUAGCUCCAUUAGCCACCAGACACCAACAGCUACUCUCUCAGAGCACGGACUGCCUCCAGUUACUCACCUAACCAUCGCCAGACCCUUUACCCAGGAUGUGGACUCUGCUCUUGGGGGUCACCUUUGGAUUUCUGGCCUCUUCCAGUUCAGAAUCAGCUCAAGCCAUGACGUCUCGGAGCUGCAGCCAUGCAAGGGUGUUCCAUGUGGAAGGAGCUCAACGCUACGCACUGACCUUUGACCUGGCCCUGGAGCUGUGUGAAAGUCUACACGCUACCCUCGCCAGCAAGGAGCAGGUCGAAGAAGCUUACCAAGAAGGCCUGGAGACCUGCAGGUAUGGUUGGAUCAGCAACCAAAAUACCUCCAUUCUGCGACACAAGGCACAUCCUAACUGUGCCAACAAUGCCACUGGGGUUUUCUACCAUCAAUUCACAAUUGACAAUCACUUUGAUGCCUAUUGCUACGAUGAUAAAGCCGACCCAAAGAAGAACUGUGACCAGGCCAUAAACCCGGACUCCACCGGACCCGACAGCCUCGGCGGAGAAGAAGAACAGUAUCUCUCUGACGCUGCAGAUGACACCACUCAGCAGCCUGGGGACCAGGAGGAUAUGGAGAAGGAAUACAUCCAGACACAGACUCCAGACCAGGAGGAUAUGGAGAAGGAAUACAUCCAGACACAGACUCCAGACCUGGAGGAUCACCCAGAGGCUCUGCCCACCGCCCAGCCCGAGGACUCGCACGAGGUCCAUGUCGAACACGCUGGUGCCGACCCUACUCUCGACAGCCAGGCCACCACCCUCACCCCAGAGACGGACACCGAGGAUGGCAUCACGACCCCCGAGGACAUCCCUGCCUUCGGAGGGGACGAGGACUUAACCGCGCCCCCGUCCACGGACGCCGGCCCGGACGCAUCCGUGGAGGAGGGGGAGACGGAGGGGGCUUCAACAGCGAGCCCUGUUGGGGAGGAGGAGCAGGCUGGAGGGAAUGAGACACAGGGGGCCAGUCCCACGGGAGAACCUGGACUGACCCUGGAGGACACCACCGGCUCUGGCAUGCUGCCCCCCAACACCGAGGAGGAGGACACCAUCACGGUGACACCUGUGGAGGAGCCAGCUGGAGCAGCGGAGCCCACCGCCGAGGGAGGGAGCAUAGAGGAGAAGGUGGAGGCAGAUGAGGAGAAGGAGCUGAUGGUUGCAGCUCCACCAAACACCAAAUCAGGCAGGAUGGGACCAGGAGUGGGACCCACUCCCACAACCGCGGGGCAGAAGGGUGGCUCAAAUUGGGUUGUGGUCAUUGGCGUGGUCGUGGCUGUGGGCGCCAUUCUACUUGUUUGUGCCGUUAUCGCCAAGCGAAAUAGCUUGUGUGGGAAGCAGCAGUCUCUGAUGAUCUCAUCCAAGGACGCCAGCGAAGGCAACGGCGCGGCGUCCUCGGUGGCCAGCUCCCGCGCCCAGGAGCGCGAGCAGGAGAUGGUGACCCUGAUGAACAAGGAGAAGAUCCAGGAGAACGGCAACACGGAGGAGUUCACCGUCAUCACGCUGGAGGAGUCCCCGGAGAAGGAGCAGCUGGCGUGAGGGGGGGGAAGCGGAGAUGGAGGGGGCGGGGGGGGGGGGCGGGGGAGGAGGGGUGGUGGAGAAGAGGUGUGGGUGUUCGUGAAGGGGAGAGAGGUUGGAGAGAGGUUGACGCAGGAGGUCGUGACACUGGGACAAGACGUGAGCGAGAGACAGGCUGGCCGGGACUGAGACGGACACCUGGGACUGAGAUUGCCUGGCACCGAGGAGACACUGAACAUGCCAGCUAAGGUGUGUUUGUGUGGGUGUUGGAAGGAUGGGAGGGAGGUAAUGGUUUGAGGCUUUUAUGAUCUAAAUACUUUAGUUAUAAUGUUUAGGUCUGGAGUUUUGCUGUCCUGCCUACCUGUUGCAAGGCACGGGGUCCAGUACUAACCAUUGGUUUUGGGAAGGUAGGGCUUUAAAAGCAGGAAGUACAGGAUUCCACUGAAGUCAGGAUAGUCACCUUUAGGGUGGGUACCAAACCAGACUAAAUAGUGCUCAGAAGCCCAAUGAAUGACUGGUUUGAAUGGCAUGAUGUGUGUGUGUGUGUGUGUGUGUGUAAGUGUGUGUGUGUAAGUGUGUAUGUGUGUGCACAAUGUGUGUCAGAGGAGAGAGGAUGACACAGGGGCACAGAAGUGUGGGUGAAGAAGAUUUAGGGGAAGGUUUCGCUCUAAAACAUUGCUGAUAGGUAGUAUCUAGCAGAAUCCUUCCUAUUCUCAAAACGAAACACACAAAACAGCAACGGCCUCCGAAUCUGGUGGACAAAUGAGUUGUCUGUUAAUGAGGCUUUUGUUUAGUUUCAGUGUGUAAUCUCUUUGUUAUUUCUCAUUCUUUUAUUACUCGGUAUUACCGUAACCUUGUGUACAUUUCACGUCUCCUGUGGAUUGGGAUUGGAUGUUUAUUCUUCAAGUAAACUCAAGAUGUCACUAUCUUAAUUUAUGCAGUUUGGAUUCUCUUUUCUGUUUUCCGUUUGAUUGCCUAUGUAUAUACUGUAUGCGCUUUAGAAAAUGCCUUAGCAAUAGCUGUCAAUCAUCUUUUAUUGGCAUUUAGGUGUCAUUUGAUAACAUUUAAAAAAAAAGAAUGUGUCAUAUUAAACGCAAUGCCUAUGAGGCAACAAUUGUGAUUUUCAGUAGAACGAGUGGAUGUCGUAUAAAUAAGCUUGAUGUAUAGCAUACAUACAAUGUGCAUCCUGAAACACAUAUAGAUGACAUGAAGGACCAUGGCAUGAGCAGUCAUGUUGAGUUGGGUGCAGGGUUACAUGGAUGAUCUGUGUGUUCCAAGAGCUGAUCUAAGAUCUGUUUGACGUCUGGAAUACACACAAUAAUCACACCAGUCCUUUCAUCCUGUCAUGCUGGGGGAAACCUGACCAUACAAGCUGUCACUUAAGUUUCUUUUUUCACUCAACGGUUUUUAACAGUAACCCAUAGCAACCAAUCCGCCGUCUGGAGGAGUAACUCCAUCCGUGAAAAAGCGCGGUCGGCAGUAACGAUAGAAGGAUGGCGAGACACUCGGUCAUGACGAUAACAGCACCAGCACACCACCAGGAAACUCAUUAGAGGUUGUCCCUUGCUCCUGCCCUUGCCCUGCCUUGGGACGGACGCGACAGGACAUGACAGGCAGCUCCAGCAGGGUACUGUCUUCGCGCUGAUCCGCGUGCCUGCGAGCCUUCAGCUCCACACUCACGCGGGGCUUCCCUGGUGAUCCUCACCGCGAGUCUCUCUUUCGUAAUAGACCAAUCCAUUUGUAUGUGUGGGUAUUGUGAAAUAAUGUCAUGUCCUUAUUUUGUUCUGACAGAUUGUUUAUGGUUUUCACUGGGGCAGAGACGCUUUUGCCAUUUCUUCCCCACCUACGGUGUUUGUUUUUGUGUUGUACUGUUUCAUCCUGAUUCACUCAUCAGUCAAUCAAUCAAAUUUAGCAAACGUAUUAAACUAGGUGAGCAUAACGACGAAUUAACAAAUGAUUGUUAAUAAACCCAUUUGUCAUGGUUCAAAUAAAUGUGUAUAGAAGA